GUUAGCUAAAGCCUGAAGGGACACUACAGGAGAGUAAGAGUCAAACUUUUUGCAUUUCACGCAUAAGAAAAAGAAGAGACAAACGAAGCAAGAAAGAUGGGGAGAAGCCCGUGCUGUGCUAAGGAAGGCUUAAACAGAGGGGCUUGGACUCCUUCGGAAGAUAGAUUGCUGACAGACUACAUCAAGUCCCACGGCGAAGGAAAAUGGAGAAGUCUUCCCAAACGAGCAGGCCUCAAAAGAUGCGGAAAGAGUUGCAGACUUCGUUGGUUGAACUAUCUAAGACCUGAUAUCAAGAGAGGAAACAUAACUGAUGACGAAGAGGACCUCAUAAUCAGGCUGCACAAGCUCCUUGGAAACAGGUGGUCCUUGAUAGCUGGAAGGCUUCCGGGGCGAACAGACAAUGAAAUCAAGAACUAUUGGAACACCAACCUCGCCAAGAAGUAUCAAAGCGGUGAACGCUUAGCCGCCAGCUCCUCCUGCACAAAACGCAACCCGUCAUCAACAACGAGGUCCAGACCAGCCGCACUACUGCAUAAGCUAACGAGCAGUGCUCAUCAGCCGCCAAAUUCAGAAAAGCGAGAAGGAUCCUCUACUUAUGUGGUCCGCACAAAGGCUAGAAGGUGCACUAAAGCUUUCAUCAACGCUGACUUACAAACUUCCUCUGCACAACAACCCGGUAUUUUGGCGGUGAAAUGUCCAGUGCCGUCUGGGGCUGAUCAGGCCAAAGACGACUCCAACGAAACUCGUACUGCUGACAAUAGCGAAAAAGUCGGCCCCGUCCCAGCUUCAGGUGGGGUAACCGAAUCGCCCCCAACUUUUUCAGGAGAAGAAGGCUACUCUUCGGGCUUCAUGAUGGAUUUUGAAAUGGACAACGACUUCCUUUCUGAUUUUCUCAACAUGGAAUUCGAACGAGAUUUUCCCGAGGUAGUAGCACAAGGUAUUGAUAAUAUUGAGGCCAAUGAUUUCUCUUUCAACUGUUGUCCAAGAGCGCUUUCCCAUGAUGAUCGGAAUGAUCAUGCGGAUCUUGGUUCUAUUACAGAUCUUCUUGAUACUGCUGUGACCUGGCUUCAUGAAGUCCAGUAAAGCAAGUUAUUUUUUUUCCUUUUCUUUGUGGGUUUGUAGAUUCGCAAUUAUAGCCUUAUCAGUAAAUUAAUAGCUACGAAGUUAGCGUCUCAUUGUACCAGAGAAUAAGUGCGCUUGUACGUUUUUUUUUUUUAUUAUUAUUUUUUUGUUGGGUGUAUAUUAUCUCUGUGAUUAUUGAUAAAAUGGACGUUGGAAGUUUGAUAAGUAA